AUGAAUAUGAUUAAUGAAGCUGUAGAUGGAAAAAAGAAUGAAAGACAAAAACACAAAGAACCAACAGACAGUCUCCCUAAAUCAAAGAGUUGGAAGGAUUUUCCUGAUACGUGGUUGAGUCUUAUACUAACUCUCAUGACUGGAAUUAUGGUUUUCUUCCGUUCUUCUUUUAGGACAAAAGUUGAAAAUAUAUUUUCUCAAAUCAUUGGGUGGUUUAAUUUAGGACGGUUGAUAUAUUUUACAGCCAAAAGAUUAUAUUUCAGAAUAGAGGGAUCCAAGAAGCUCAAAGGAAAUGACGUCGCGAUGAUUGUGUGCUUAUUGCUACACCUUUUAAUGCUAGCCUUUCUUGUAUGUAGCAAUUUUAUUUUCCCGGGGAUAGGAAUUCAUAAAAUGGCUACUGCUUUGGAAAGGAAUCCAAUAGGAAUUUUUUUUGCUUCAAUAUUUUUUUUAAAUGCACAGCUUGUAAUGGAGCCCCAUAAUACCUAUUCCGUUUUAGUGGUUGGGCUGGAGGCAAUUCUCACAGCAUGGGAUGUGGAGGGAUUUGAUUAUGAAAAGGAUGUGAUAAAAAAUCUAUGGACACGACUUUUUAUAUCAAUCUUCGUUGGUGUAAUGUUGUGGAUUGUAGAAGAUUGGAUUGUUGAUAGUUUGAAUAUAUCUAAAAGAAAUGUAAGGAAGAUUCGUAACUUCAUGAAGAUAGUGGUGGCUUUGAUAUAUACCAUUGGAGGGUAUUGCAUAAUGAAUAUGAUAUUUUUGAAUGCAAGUAAUACAAAUUCACAACCCGUAACUGUUUAG